GUUGAAUGCGGUUGUGGUCAGUGGGGAUUGAGUGCGCGCCGGGUGGUGGUGGCGCUGAAUGGUGCCCAGAUGAUUGGCGACUAACAUUUGCUCACCUGUGAUCGAUAUCAAUCUAAGAGACUAACGCCCUCCAAGCGGCAGCCGACGCGGGGCCAGCUGGCCAGGAUGCCCGUCAAAAAGCAAGAUGCGCACCGGGCGCUGGAGCUGCUGGAGGACUACCGCAGCCAGCUGGUGGGUGGCCAGGAGCUGCAGUUGGCCGCCGCCAUCGAGAAGCUCAUCUUUAUCUUCAAGUCACGACUGUUCCAGGCGCUGAUCGACAUCCAAGAAUUCUACGAGCUGACCCUCCUGGACGAAUCGAAGUCGUUGCAGCAGAAGACCUCGGAAACCAUCCAGGUGGCCAACAAGUGGGAGAGCAGCGUGUCGCCCAUCGGCUCCUGCUCCAUCAUCCGCCAGAAGGAGGCGGAGCCGCCGCCACAGACCGUCACCUGCGCGCCCGCCUCGGCCGUCACGCUGAAGGAGUUUCCGGCGCUGAGCGGCGACGACGGCUUCAGGGCUGCCCCCGACGGGGACAACCUGCACUCCGGCCAGACCAAGUGCCGCUGGACUCGUCUUACGGAUACAACGAGCCGUACGACAUAUCCACACCCCGCGCUGUCAGCACCGAGAACGUCGCAAGGGAGCCGCGCCAGGUGGUGCUCAGCAAGGCGUCCGGCCAGGGGCUGGGCUUCAACAUCGUGGGCGGUGAGGAGUCGGAGGGCAUCUUCGUGUCGUUCAUCCUGGCCGGCGGCCAGGCGGACCGGAGCGGCGAGCUGCACCGCGGCGACCAGAUCCUCUCCGUCAACGGCGUCGACCUCUCCAAGGCCACGCACGAGCAGGCGGCCGCCGCCCUCAAGGGAGCCGGCCAGACGGUGACCCUGCUGGUGCAGUACCGACCCGAGGAGUACAACCGGUUCGAGGCCAAGAUUCACGAGCUGAAGCAGCAGAUGAUGUCCGGCACGCUGCGCACCACACAGAAGCGCUCCCUCUACGUCAGGGCGCUGUUCGACUACGACCCGCGGCUGGACGACGGCCUGCCGUCGCGCGGCCUGCCGUUCGCCUUCGGCGACAUUCUGCACGUGACGAACGCCAGCGACGACCAGUGGUGGCAGGCCAAGCGACUGACGCCGCAGGGCCAGGCGCUGGCCAUCGGCAUCAUUCCGUCGCGCGGCCGCUGGGAGCGCAAGAUGCGCGCGCGCGGCCGUACCGUCGCCUUCCACGGCCGCGCCGCCGACAUGUCGACCCUGGACCGGAAAAAGAAGAACUUCUCGUUCUCCCGCAAGUUCCCGUUCAUGAAGUCCAAAGAGGACGUGAAGUCGGACGACAGCUCGGACAAUGAGCAUUCGGUGACGAACGCGUCUGAGGGCGACGACCGCAGCCUGCCGGAGGAGGCGGUGCUCUCGUACGAGCCCGUCCAGCACGUGGAGGUCAGCUACUGCCGGCCGGUCAUCAUCCUGGGCCCGCUCAAGGACCGCAUCAACGACGACCUCAUCUCGCAGUACCCAGACGACUUCGGUAGCUGCGUCCCGCACACGACGCGCUCGUGCCGGGACAAUGAGAUGGACAACCGAGACUACCACUUCGUGGAGUCGCGCGAACAGAUGGAGCGGGACAUCCAGAACCACCUGUUCAUCGAGGCCGGCCAGUACAACGACAACCUGUACGGCACCAGUUUGGCCAGCGUGCGAGAGGUGGCCGAGGAGCAAAGGAAGCACUGUAUUCUGGACGUGAGCGGCAACGCCAUCAAGCGGUUGCACGUGGCGCAGCUGUACCCGAUCGCCAUCUUCAUCCGGCCUCGGUCGGUCGAGCAGGCGCUGGAGUGGAACAAGCGAUUAACUGAGGAGCAGGCCAAGAAGUCAUUCGAGAAGUGUCAAAAGUUGGAGGCCGAGUUCGGAGAGUACUUUACAGCGAUCGUGACCGGCGACACCCCGGAGGAGGUGUACGAGAAGGUCAAGGACAUCAUCCGCGAGCAGGGCACCAACCGCAUCUGGAUCCCGUCGAAGGAGAAGCUGUGAGCGCCGCGCGCGGCCACGGACUAUUCCAGGGCGGCGGCGGCGGCGGCCUGCGGCGAAUCUCAGCCGGCAGCGCGGGCGCGUGCCGCCGCCGAGGCGGGGCCGGCUGCGGACUGGCGCCGCCCGCUAGCCCGACGGCGCUCGGUCCGCGCUGGCCGAGCGCGCUCCCAUGACGUGGCGUCGGCCGACCCAGCGUCGGUCACCACAGACGCCUAGUUAGGUUGUUUUUCGCUGUUACGCCCCGCGCGCGCGGGCGGCCGGCGCGGUGCGGCGCUAGUGUCGCUCGCCGUCGGUUUUGGGCGGGGCCCGGGCAGUGGGCGGACCCUACGCUGCUACCUCCCGCGCGACGGGGCGCGGACGAGGCGCGCGCCGGCGGUGGGUUCCAUAAGAUGUGAUGAUUCUCCCGCCCCUAGAGUUCAGUGUCGGAUUCGUUGUGUCGAUUCUGUUGAUAUGGCAUCCCCACUCACACAUUGCGUAUUACAUAGUAUCGGUAGGUUCUCAUUCAUUUGUAGUUAUUUAUAUUUUAAUGGCCUCGUGUUGUGUACAUGUUAGGCUGGUCGGGGCCGGCCGCCGCGUGUCGUGCAAUUCUCCGUUUGUCUUGCCCCUCGCCACCGGCAUGAGCAAAAUGUGUCAAAUCUGAAUAUCCCGUCAGAGCGCGUGCGUGUGAAUAAAACGACGAUGACGAGUCCCUG